AUGCACGUCGUAAGUGACUCGACGUAUGUCGUUGACGGGCUGACGAAGCACCUGCACAACUGGGAACGGGACGGAUGGAUAGGUGUUGCAAACGCACCAGUCAUCAAGGAAGUAGUUGCCUUGCUGCGCUCGAGGUCCGCAGUCACCACCUUCCGCUGGGUUAAAGGCCACGCGAAGACGAAAGGAAACAACGAGGCUGAUCGCCUUGCGGGUGCGGGUGCGCUGCUGGAGAGACAGCUCCGGCCGGUGCAUCUGCCCCCUCCCCAGAAGUACAGCGUGGAGGGCGCGUACCUACCGACUCUUACCCAAAAGCUAGCCUACAAGGGAAUCAGAGGGUGGAAGCCUGCGGGGGAGCGCCGGGCGACUGUAAGGGUAACUGAGCAAGUCUUGGCAGCACUGAGAGAUGCAGCGGGACUCACGCCGACACCUUCCGCGCUCUGGACCUUGCUGAGAAGUCAUGUCAUCGCGAAAAAGGUCCGAGACUUCCUGUGGAAGGUCUUGCAUGACUCGUUGAGGAUCGGCAACUACUGGACGAACAUACCUGGGUAUGAGGACCGUGCAACUUGCUCGGCUUGCGGGGUUGUUGAGACGUCUGACCAUAUACUGUCAGAGUGCUCUGCGGCUGGCCAAGGAGCUGCCUGGCGAGCGGCGGCCGCCCUGCUUCGGGGCCGUGGCCUGGAGAUCCUCCCCAUAACCCGAGCGCACACGCACGGGGGCCAUGCGUACACUGUAACUGACGAGAACGGAGACUUGUGUCCUGGAGCGACAAGACUCGCGAGAAUCGUCCUGACGGAGACAGCGUACCUAGUGUGGGUGCUCCGAUGCGAGCGUGUCAUCGGAAGAGCGGGGCAGGGGGAGGACCGCGUCACGGAUGACAUGGUACGAGCCCGCUGGCUGUGGACGAUCAACAAGCGCUUCUGCAUGGACCGGGCGCUCAUGUCCAAGGCGAGGGCGGGUAGAAUGCACGUACCACCGGAGACGGUGGUAGACACCUGGACUGGCACGCUGAAGAAUGAGUCGAAGCUUCCUACUGACUGGAUAGACAUACCGGAGGUUUUAGUGGGUAUGCCGCCUACCGACUAA